CUUCUCUCUUUUUGUUAUUUUGUCUUUCAUCCCUCUAGGUUGCUCCCUGCGCUCCUCCUUCUACUCCCUCCAAAACUCUCUCUCUUCCCCCCACAUCCCUUCUUGCUCUCCUCCUCUCUCUCUCAACUCCUUGGGUUGUUUGAAGGACUGGGUAUCUCUGCAGGCAGUACUCCGUGUGUUUGGUGUGUUCAGUGUGUGGAGAGCCGAAGGAACAGGAUGGCACACAGGGGCUGACAGCAGGGGAAAACAACCAAGGUUAAAUCAGGUCUGAACAGGGAUCAAUCUGGACUCUGACUACCCAAAUUAAGUUCUAUUUUAUACCGUAGGAAAGCCUGUAAUACUGUAGGUAAGCCUGAAGAUAGAUUGGAAACCUUGAAGUGCAGAGAUGCGCGGAGUGUGCCGUCAGUCUUGCCCAGCUAUGUGUCUGUGGGCUCUACUGCUCCUGGAGGUGGUUCCAGCACAAUUUUACCGGACCCCCCACGACAAGGACCAAGACCAGGACCGGCAACGGGACAGGGAACGAGACCAGUAUCAUGCUAGGACAGACCCCAGGGAGCACCCCCGGGAUGCUGGGGAGGUGAGGAGGGGGGAGUGUCGUCGGUGUUGUGACCCGGGAGAGGAGCCCCCACCUCAGUAUGCAAACACUCAUGUCCCACAACACUACCCUCAGUACCAGGUGGUGCCUCAGAUCAACAUCACCAUCCUCAAAGGUGAGAAGGGGGAGUCAGGGGAACGUGGCCCCUACGGUAAAUCAGGGAAGAUCGGCCAGAUGGGAAUGCAGGGCCCCAAUGGCCUCAAGGGGACCAAGGGCUCCAUGGGGGCCUCUGGGGAGUCCUGCAAGGUCUACUACGCUGCCUUCUCUGUGGGCCGCAAGAAGGCCAUCCACUCCAACGACUACUACCAGACUCUGGUGUUUGACACAGAGCUGGUCAACCUGUACGGACACUUCAACAUGUUCACAGGCAAGUUCUACUGCUACAUCCCCGGCAUCUACUACUUCAGCCUGAACGUGCACACCUGGAACCAGAAGGAGACCUACCUGCACGUGAUGCACAAUGAGCGGGAGGUGGUGAUCCUGUACGCCCAGCCCAGCGACAGGUCCAUCAUGCAGAGCCAGAGCCUCAUGCUGCAGCUGGAGGCUCAGGACCAGGUGUGGAUCCGACUCUUCAAAGGAGAGAGGGAGAACGCUAUCUUCAGCGAUGAUUUUGAUACCUACAUCACCUUCAACGGACAUCUAAUUAAGCCCAAGAACGAGGUGUAAGGGGGUUGUGUGUGUGACAUGUGGAGAAUGCACAGUGUUCAUAUUAUAUCUAGCUCACAUGUCUUGGUUUCCAGGUCAUGCAGGCCAGAUUAUCCAUUUCAGGCCAAGCAACAUACAUGUUUCCUGUGUGACACACGUGCUAGAGGAGAGGUCUUGAGAGUUUCAUUCUGAAAUCCAUGAAUGACAUGGAUUUAUACAUUGAUAAAAGGGUAAUGACAGUUUUUUUCUUGUGCUGUAAAGCAAACCAAGCUAAAUCGUAUUCUGGGAUUGCAAUCUAUUGCUCGUCCCAGAUGUUAAAGACAGUUUUGAGGUCGGUCUGCUGUCCUCCUGGUGUCACUGUGUUCAGACAGGGAGGUGACCAUUUAACAACCUCAGUCUAAAAUCCUGUAGUCUUGACAUUCCUUCAGGGCUAAGGUCAAUAUUUGGCCAGUAACUCCUAAGAACCUUAGGACAAGGUUUUUGGAAAGAGCAAGAAUUUAAAUUAAUCUAAUUUCAGGAGAUGAUAUAGUGUACUGUAAAUACAUAUGUUAUUGAGAUUUGAUCAAUGUUUGUCUCUAAGACAAACGUGGUACCUUAAUGUGUAUUGUACUAUCACCACCUAUACUUUUGCUGUACAGUCUUUGUAAAAUGGCAAUAUUAAGCUGCAUUACAUCACAACAUGGGUGCUACUAAAACGACUAACUGACUUUUGAUAAACUGGACAACCAAAGUCAAGUCCACAAAAAAAGUGUUAGGUAUUUGUUCUCAUCGUGUUUUGUUGGUGAAUAUACAAAACAAUACAUGUCAUAUAUCUUUCUUUAAACAUGAAAGUCUUAUACGGAGUGUAAACUCAGAGAAAUACAAAGUACGAGGAUGUCAAGGAUAUUUAAAUAGUUCAAUCAAAUGAGCAUUUGUAAAACAUGGUGCUUUAAUUAACAUCUUGAACUUUUCAUGGUGCUCUACAAACACUAGGGGGAAGAAUGAAAACCCAUUUUUAGAAGUACAGAAUAUACAGUUAUAUUAUGCCUUUGUCAGUUUUGUUGAAAAAAAAUAGUUAGGUUUGGUGCAAUUACUAUACCACAGAGCACUUCAUUCUGUCACAGUAAAACAUUCCGAAGGUCAAAUAUAAAAUAUAAAAGACUUGUAAAGUACGAGUAACAAGCUAUUUUAGUGAGUAAACAGAUAGUCGAUUACGAUGCAGCUCUAAUGGAAAAUCCAUCUUAGCUUCCUGUGGCUGUGUGAGUUGAUGACAGACAAUCAAACCAGUUGUUUCCUAGAACCUUUCGACAACAGCCAAUCAGAUUAACCAGUUCCAGAACGCUAGUUGGUCUCCAAGGCCAAGGAUCGGUCUGGGCCGGGGCCGCUUUGCAAACCAAAUAUUUAACCCCGGACUCAGUUCCAAUCAAAAUAUCUCUGCCUAUCCCCAGACUACUGGCUGGAUCCUGCCUUGCAAGGUGUGACAGAGAAGGGCCAAACACUCAACCUUGCCUCUAAGUCUCACCUCCAAACUCCUUCUAUCCUGCCCUCUAAGUCUCACCUCCAAACUCCUUCUGUCCUGCCCUCUCAGGCUGAGCCAGGGGGGACAGUAGAAGACUAGAGAGGGUGGAGGAGCUGGGUUGGGAUUGGGCUCCAACAGGAAACCCUUUCUCAAGUCCAGAAACAGUCUGACCAGAUGACAGGACAUGCCUUCUCUAGCCCCCAGCCGCUCUGUCUGAGAGAGCUGCUCAGACAACAUGGAAGCACUGAGAUACGUGAACGUGAUGUUGACUCUGUAAAUGGAGCAUUUAUUAAAGGAAUACAAGAA